GUUUAUAUCUGAUAUUUGUCUCAGGAAUAAGUUAGAACGAUAUUUCAUACCUUGUCUACUCUGCUUGAUGACGACCAGUUGUCAGAAAUCAGUCCUUCAGCCAGAACUAUGUUAUCGCAGCUAAGAAUAAGAAUACCUGAGGGCACUCUUUCAAGCUUUAAACAGAAGUUUUCUAGUAACGAGAAAAAUCUGUUGGCCCAAAAUGUUUGCUACAGAACUGAUCUUUGGGAGACGUGUAGGCAGCAGGAUCAAGUUUGGAGGAGCCCUCAUGUGUUCAACUACAAGGCAGGAGAAGGGAAGCCAAUGACAAAUCAGAAAAGUUCAGGGAGGUGUUGGUUGUUCGCAUGUCUCAAUGUUUUACGGGUGCCAGUUGCAAAACACUUCAAGCUGGAAGAGAUGGAGUUCAGCCAGAACUAUCUCUUCUUCUGGGAUAAGGUAGAAAGAGCUAACUAUUUACUGGAUGUAUUUGUCGACAUAUCAAAAAAGGGGAAGAAUCCAGAUGGUCGGCUGAUGAGCCACUUACUCACCAACCCUAUAGAUGAUGGCGGCCAAUGGGACAUGCUGGUCAAUAUUGUAGAGAAAUACGGCCUUGUACCUAAGACCUGCUUCCCUGACGCUCAUAGUGCUGAGUCUUCCUUAAGGAUGGGAAGAAUGAUCAACAACAAGAUGAGGGAAUUUUGCAUGCGUCUACAUAGCAUGGUGAAAGAAGAGAAAUCUGAAGAAGAAAUCGCUUCAGAAAAGACGAAGAUGUUAGAGGAGAUCUACAGAAUAUGCUCAAUAUCCCUGGGAACUCCACCAGAAACAAUUACUUGGGAAUUCUAUGACAACGAGAAAAAAUACAGGAAAGUUGGACCGAUCAAACCCAUAGAUUUCUAUAAGGAACAUAUCAAGCCCUUGUCAGACCUCAAGAAUAUGGUUUGUAUAGUAAAUGACCCCCGUCCAAACAACAUUUACGAUAAAUUGUACACCGUGGAGUACCUCAACAACAUGACAUCCGCCCGAACUGUUCUCUAUAUCAAUCAACCUAUACAAGUUCUCAAGGAGCUGGCACUGGCUUCAAUCAAAGAAGGGGAGCCUGUCUGGUUUGGAUGUGAUGUUGGGAAGUUUUUUAGUCGUAAACCAGGGAUACUAGACCUCAACAUAAUUAACACAGAUUUGGUUUUUGGUACCAACUUGUUGGGGAUGACUAAAGCUGAACGUCUACAGUACGGUGAUUCUUUGAUGACACAUGCCAUGGUGCUCUCAGCUGCUCAUGUAGAGGACGAGAAGAGGACUGUGAGAUGGCGAGUUGAGAAUUCCUGGGGAGACGCAGAUGGUGAUAAAGGCUUUGUCGUUAUGACAGAUGACUGGUUCUCUGAAUUUGUUUACGAAAUCGUAAUUGACAAGAAGCAUGUUCCAUCCAAAAUCCUGGACGUUCUUAACCAAACACCUGUAGUUCUACCAGCCUGGGAUCCUAUGGGGGCACUCGCAGUUAACCCAGAUGCUGGUCAUGCCGCAAAAAUGUAACCAUUUGGAGAUUUGAACCAACACAGGUCUUCGAAGAAAUUGGUUGAUUCUAAGGAACAUUCGCAAUAAUGGUUGAUGUAUGUCUAUAUAGUAGGAAAUGGAUCAGUAUCGAUGUCCGAAGAAAGAAGUGUCAUUUCAGUAAUGGAUUACUGUCUGUAUUUAUCUUAUGUUGAAGUUUAUUCCAGUAUGUAUAAAUGUACAAUUAUUAUUAUAUGAAUGCAACUGCAUGGGAAAUUAAUUAGGUAUGCAUUUUUUUAGACACUGAAAAAAUGUGCCUGAAAUUUUUAGUCUGAAUAUUUUGUUAAUCAGUAAUUUGAUAAGAUAUUUCUUUACAAACGUGCUUACUAUUAGAGAUAGUACAUUUUAUUUCAAUGUGAAUUUUAAAUGUAGCCACCAAACUCAACACUUUCUUUUUGUAUUUAAACAGAAAAAAAUGUACUGUUAUGAGUUGAUAUACAGGAGCCCAAGUUAUAAUAUCUUAAUUAGUGUUAUUCUGUUGUAAUUCCAUUCAAAUCCGGUGAGAAAUCAGACAUGCAGUGUAGUCCCUAAAUGAACUUGUAGAUCUAUGUAUGUAUUGCAUAGCAAUGACACCUUGAUAUUUAUGUUCAUCAGUUAAAAGAAUUCUUGGAUUUAACCUCAUAUUUUCACUGAAGUUGCACUGUUAUUUCUUGAUAGACUGUGACCAAAGAUGCUUGUGUUAAUGGAGCUAUGGCAUUUAUGUUUUACUUCUUCUAGUUUAUAAUAGCUUCUAGUUUAGUGCUCAAUAUUUUAAAUUUGAAUAUCUGAUUACAGCGAUCAGAUAAAUAGAUGUGGAACCAAAAUGGUAAUAAUAUUAUUUGCAAUAAGCAGAGGAUAAAUGGCAAAUAUUUUGAUAAAAUAUCUACGACAUAUAAACAUAUCAAUAAUUGUUUUACACCUGAAAAAUUUAUCUUGCGUCAUAAAUAUCAAAAACAUGAAUAUUUUACCAUCAGAAAUCCUUGUCAUCAUAGAUAAAAAUGUUUAUAAUUUGUUGUAUUUUGGGGGAAAAAAUUCUUAUUUUAUAAUUAGAAAUCCUCAAAGUUAUCUGUGGUUGUCAUCAUUUCGUCAUGUUAGUUUAUUUCAUAUUCUGGAACAUUUUCUUCAGGUUGGUGAAGUUAAGUAAAUAUGAUAGAAGUUAUAUGAACCGCUCAACAAAUCGGCACUUACAGACCAUUCUGUGCCGCAAACCACGUUAUAUGAACAGCUCAACAAAUCGGCACUUACAGACCAUUCUGUGCCGCAAACCACAUAAUUGAGGGGGAGGGGCCACAGACUCCCGCACAUCUAUGACUAAAUGUUAAACAAAGCGUAGCAAUCGACUAAAGUACAUCAUACCAUCUCGUACACUGGUCUGAUUAUAUUGUAUUUUUAAACUUUGUAUCAAUAUAGGAUCAUGAUAACGAUGAAACAUCCUUCAGAGUAGAUCAGAUGUAGUCUUUGAAAUUUAAUCAACUUAUGUUUUUGAGUAGAUUGUUACUUGCAUACGUUAGGGGGCAUUCCUUCGUUUGAAUAAAAUUUAGGUCGUUAAAAUGAAAAUUAAUGGAGGAUAUGUAUCACCCUCCCCCCCAUUCGUCAUUUUUCUGUACAAUUUCAUUACUAGUUGGCACAAACUCAUAUAAUCCUUGUUCAGACAUAGAUUUCAUCAAUAGAAAUUUUGCAUGUUUUCUGCUGUCCGAUCGAAGGAAUGCCCCUUUAACUGGAGAAUUUUCAUGUUUACUACUAUCUGUAAAUUUCAAUCACUGUAGUUUAAAACAUCUUCUACCACAAUACCCCGUGUUAUUCAACUCUCAGACCAUCAGUUAAUCAUUACAGCUGUUGAUUAACAAUCUGUUUAUACCACACGUGGUAUAAACUCUGUACGCAUUUCGAUUGGCUA